GUUGGAUAUAAAUAGGCUAUGUAUAAAUUUAUAUGGUUCAUCUUUGUAUGUGCAUUUCUGUAUGUUUCUGUGUCUGUGGGGCUUAAUAUGCUUAUGUAUGGGAAUAUCAUGUAUGCACUUCAGGAUGCUUACAAGUGAAAGCUACAAGAGUAUUACACCAUAUUACAGUUAAAUGUGUAAUUUACUUCCUGUUUACUUAUUUAAAUGUUUGGUUUUUCCUUGGAUCUUCAAUGGGUAGAAACACAAUUUAAUAUAAGAAAUAACAUUGUUUUUGCACAUUACUAAGUUGUUCAUGUGGCCAAGUCUGUUGUGACACAUCCGAGUCUGUAACAAUCUGUCCACGUUCAAAUCCCUAAUCAAAACCCUUUUAGUACUGCUUUUAAAGUGUGAUUAAUUCGUAUGUGUUGUAUAUUUCUUUGUGUCAUUUUUAUGACCAUUUGAACUCAUGUACUUCAUUAGCUAUAAGCCAUAAUCAUCAAAAUGAAAGAAAAUGAAAGGCUUGAAAUAUUUAACUCAGUGCGUAAUAAAUCUAUAUAAUAUACGAGUUUCACUUUUUGAAUUGAAUUACUGAAAUAAAUUAACUUUACCAUGAUAUUCUAAUUUAUUGAGAUGCACCUGUAGUUGGAAUAAACUCGGACUUUUAUUUUGAAAAAAACACAUCACGGCGGAUGUGAUUCAGGUUCUGCUUCCGGGGGUUGCGAGUUGUUUUGUUACGUUUCGAGUAGUGCUUUCUAAUGUUUGUUUCCUUAUUUUGUCCUUAUUUUUCAAACCGUUAAGUUGACGGAAACGUAAUUAAUUCGCUGCUCACGAAGUAACCGCAUGGCGGGUUUGGUGAAAGUUUAAAGGGAAGGCGAUAACGGAGUUAGCUAAUGCAGCUAACGUAAGCGAGCAUUACAGCAUAUCCGCUAACUUCAGAUUGCAGGAUGUCUAAACUUGAACGUCUGAAUGCUCGUGUGGCCAAGCUGCUGACUGAAGCGGUGCAGGAGGUUCUCGGGGUGGUGAAGGAGACGGUGUCUGAGUACCAGGAGAAAACUGCCAGAACGCAGAGAGAGAACGAGAGUCUGAGGAGAAGACUGCAGGAGCUUCAGGACAAGAUAACAAGAGAAAACAUAGUUGUUCUACCCAUAAGUAAUCUAUUACCUGAGGAACAUGAAGACGCACACGAGCAGGAUUUGGCGCUCGCUUUGAGGCAGAGCUCAGAGCUUCCUCUCCUAGAGCAAAAAAGCAGCCUUGAACCCGACCAUGACGUGAAGCAGGAAUCGGACGAACAGGAGAACUACAAUAACACUGUAUCACGAGCUGAGUGCAACUUGUUUCCAACAACAGAGCACUGCCAAGCACAACCAGAGGAGGUGACACACAUUAUCGAGGAGGCUAAGACAGUCCACACAUCACACAGUGCAAACAGGGAGGUCGGUGCGGUCCCAUCCAGCAAUGUGAGCACCUCUCACUCCGACACCUCGCUCGGGGUAAACCUGGCUGAGGUCAAACUAGAGCCAGAACCAACAUCUCUUCAAGAACAAUAUAUUGGAUGUGUGGAUUUAAGCUGCAACUCUUCUCGUCAAACCUCCGCUGAGACGCACAGCCCGCAAGUUAGUGCUGAACCUUGUGGACUUGUCUUUGUGCACUCAAAUCACGCCAUACCUAGGAGGCAUGGAUUCGCAAAAAGCAACAGGGCUGCAUUUGACGGGAGGAAAAUCAGGAUGGAGCACUUCAGGAGAGACGACUCACACUCAUGUGCUGUGUGUGGAAAGACGUUCAGCAGGGUCGGGAACUUGAGGAUCCACCAGCGUUGUCACACAGGGGAGAAGCCGUACGGCUGCGUUCAGUGUGGGAGGCGUUUUAGUCAGGCAGGAGACCUAAAAAAACACAAGAGGGUCCACACAGGGGAGAAACCGUACUACUGCAACCAGUGCGGAAAGAGCUUCAGUCGGGGGGAGAAUCUGAAAAGACACCAGAAGAUUCAUAUUGGAGAGAUUUUACAGUUACAGCAAGUUUGGAGGGAGCAGCAAUGAUUAUUAUACCCGACUCAUUGCAAAUCAGCAAAUUCAGCACUCUAACUUUGUGGCGAGUCGGUGAGGGGUAAUUUCUGCCCUUAGUUUAAGGAAUACUUGCAAGAAACUUUUGCUACAGAACAUAUUAAAACAACUCAUUGGGCAUUGUUACAAGGAGUUACUUGCUGUUCUUCGUCUUGUACGUAGCGAGUUGCGUGCUACUGACACUGUCGUUUUGUCUGUCUGAUCAUGAUGGAACAGGCCCGUAGAAGGUCAUCACUGAACCAAAGAAAGCUUUACAGAUAGAGAUGCACUGAUGUAAAGGCAAAGCCAUUUUUAUUAGUACGUAGAGUUUUAUGUGCUCCAACACAUGGUCAUGAGGAGAUUGCACAUUUUAUUCAGCAGCUCCAGUUGUCAAAAUAAUUUGAUUAAAAUGCAUAACAUUAUCAGUAAUGUGUCAUAAAGUAGAUGGACAACUUUUAGACAUUUUCUUAUUCAUUAUUGGUGCAUCUCUACCUAACAACUUUGAUAUUGACUAAACAGAUUUAUAUCCAGUGAGCCUUUAGUCUAAAAAACAGGUUUAAAGGUCCAGUGUGUAACAUUUAGGAGGAUCUAUUGGCAGAAGUGGAAUUUAACAUUCAUUAUAUGUUGGUGUAUAAUCACCUGAAAAUAGGAGUCGUGUUUUUGGUACCUUUGAGAAUGAGUGUUUUUUUACCUAAAGAUGGAGGGUGAAGCAAAUGAGCUGCAAUCUGCAACUACACCACUAGAUGCCACUAAAUCCUACACUCUGGACCUUUGAGCAUAUUACAGUGUGUUAUAUAGUGUGACACUUCCUUUGGUGAUGUACGGAAAGAGUUCUCUCAUGUUAAAUAGGUUAAUGCUGAAGACAAUGAUUGAAACUUUUUAAAAAUCUGAAAAGCAUGAUUGUCAUUAAAAUUGCCUGAUUUUCUAGACUGAUUGAAGCUUGCUGUAUGCUGGAUAUAUAUUUAUCGCAGAUUUAUUUUGUUAUUUAGGAUAAAAAACCAAGAAAAGAGUGUUUGCACAAGAAUAAAAUUAAUUUAUCACCACCACAAA